AUGGCCUCAGCCUCCUCUGCCUGCCCCAAGGAGUCUCCGCGGCCGCGGCGGCCUGGAGCCAUGUGGUCGCUGGCAGUAAGAAGUGGUUUGGGUGCUUCUGAAAACCAUUGUCUCAAUCUGGCCGGCAUUUGCAGAAGAGACAGCUGCAAAAUAAUCGAGGAUACAAUUGGUGGCUGCCGAAGACGGUGGAAAUGCUGCAGAGCGUGGUGGGUCCUGAUCCCAAUCCCCACACCACUUGUGUAUUCAGAGUACCAAUACCCCGUUGGUCCUAGACUGAAAUGA